GUUUUCUUAAAAAUUUCUCUCCUCUGACUGAAAAGCUAGGGGUGUGUUUUUUUGGUUCACUCGAGAAACCCUGACGCUAGAGCAUUCUCCGACUUCAAUCGAUGGAAGAGAAGAGCGCGAUCUCAUUCGCGAAGAACACACAAGAGCUGGCAAUGAAGGGCCAGAAGCAUCUAGAAGAAACGAUCGAAUCAGCUUUCCAGAUCUUGUCUUCCAUGAACGACGAGCUCUGUAACCCUACCUUGUGGUCUACAUCUCCUUCCUCAAGUUCUAUCAACAAUGGGCAUCAUCUUUCCACUUCUCACGCCUCCAAUGGCGAUUCUGCCUCUGAUUCGGCUCACCACUUCGAGAUGGGCGGUGCUGGAGCUCUCGAUGAGGCUCGCCUUCGCUUCAAAUCCUCUGUCGCCUCUCUUCGUUUCAUUCUUGCUGCGAUUCCCAACUCUCAUAAGGCAAAAGCAUAUGAUACCGGUUCCACAACUAGCAGUUCAGCAUCCUCGGCAGACCAAGCCAAAAUUGGAAAAUUGGAUGGGCUUGUGUGUUAAAACAGGGAAGAUGUCGGAAGAUGGAUCUUCGUCUAAACCACAACAAAAGACAAUGGUUUCUAAUGCUAAGUUCGAGCUAGAAAAAUUUGAUGGAACAAAUAACUUCGGCAUGUGGCAAUGCGAAGUUUUGGAUGUGCCAACUCAACAGGAGUUAGACAUUGCUUUGGAAAAAAAAACCCUUGGAGAUGGAUGAGAAAGAAUGGGCAAAGAUCAAUCGGCAAGCUUGUAGCACCAUCAGGCUUUGUCUUGCUAAAGAUAAAAAAUAUUUUGUUAUGAAAGAGACUUCGGCCAAGGAGUUGUGGAAGAAAUUGGAAGAUAAGUAUAUGACCAAGAGCAUCGGAAAUCGGCUCUAUUUGAAGAAGAAACUCUUAAAUUUCCAGUUCAAAACUGGUAAUUCCUUGUCUGAGCAUUUGAAUGACUAUAACAAAAUUCUUGCUGAUUUGCAAAAUCUGGGUGUGAAAAUUAAUGAUGAGGAUAAGACGGUCUUGUUUUUAAGCUCAUUACCUGCCACUUAUGAUCAUUUGACUACUACUUUACUGUAUGGAAAAGAUGAAAUUAAAUUUGAUGAUGUGUGUAAUGCAUUGAUCAAUAUUGAGUUUCAAAAGAAAGAUCAACAAGUUCAUUCAGAUUCAACGUCCAAAGCUUUGACAGUAAGGGGUAGAUCAAAUGAUAGGAAAUUUAGUAAAUGAGGAAAGUCUCAUUCGAUGUCAAGGGAAGUAUCAUCUGAAAGGAAAAUUCUUGCUAAAUAUGUGUGCUUUUUGUCACAAUAAAGGGCAUUGGAAAAAUGAUUGUCCAAAAUUGAAAAAUAAGGAGAAGAAGAAUUCAAAAGCAGUAGCUACAAAUGUUGAAGAUGACUUGGGGUUUGCAUUGGCGACUACUUCAAUGGCUUGCCACUCUGAAAAAUGGAU